UGUCUGUAUGAAGUGACAAGUUAUUUAAUGCCAUGUUUGGACCAGCGAUAGUGGAGAAACGGUGGUUGAAGAAAGCAAGCCCGCUGCUAGCACUCCCGUGCUAACGCUGGAGUCUGUUCAAUUGUCCUGGGAUUUUCUCAUGCGGCAUGGAGCUAACAUGGGGUAGCUUGUGCACCCCGUGAUAUGCACCUCUUCCUCCGACAACACAGCCUCCUGCUGCCAUGGCUUCAAGCUACCCGCCGCCCUUUGAGGUUACAGGUGAAGUGAAGGAGGGCUUUCUUUGUCCGCUGUGCCUGAAAGACCUUCAGUCAUUCUACCAGCUCCAAGACCACUAUGAAGAGGAGCACUCUGGGGAUGAGCGCCAUGUCAGGGGGCAGCUUAAAAGUUUGGUUCAGAAGGCGAAGAAAGCGAAAGAUAAACUGCUGAAGAGGGAUGGAGAAGACAGACCAGAUACUGGAACUUAUGAGUCUUUCUACUACGGUGGGGUUGACCCCUACAUGUGGGAGCCUCAAGAACUGGGAGCAACUAGAAGUCACCUGGACCUCUUUAAAAAACACAGAGCAGCUCGGAUAGAUCAUUAUGUCAUUGAAGUAAACAAGCUCAUCAUCAGACUGGAAAAGUUGACGUCGUUUGACAGAACCAAUUCGGAUGUUGCUAAAAUUCGAGCCAUUGAGAAGUCUGUUGUGUCAUGGGUGAAUGACUCGGACGUCCCGUUCUGUCCUGACUGUGGAAACAAGUUCAACAUCCGUAACAGGCGGCACCACUGCCGCCUCUGUGGGUCCAUCAUGUGUAGGAAGUGCAUGGAAUUUGUCCCCUUACCUCUGGCCCAAAAGCUGAUCAGUGGGACUCGGGAAGCCCUGUGCGUGCCUGGAAGCCCGGGUCAGUCUCACUCCCCCUCAGCAGGAGGUGGCAACAGCGGGAUGGGCUCGAGGAGAGGCAGCAUCAGCAGCCUGAGCAGUGUAACCUCCAUGUUGGAGGAAAAGGACGACGAGAGGAUCCGCUGCUGUCACCACUGUAUGGACACGCUGCUGAAGAGACAGCAGAAGUUAGAAGAGAAGGACCACGUUCCAGAUAUAGUGAAACUUUAUGAGAAGCUGAGGAUGUGCAUGGAGAAAGUGGACGAAAAGGCUCCAGAGUAUAUCCGAAUGGCUGAGUCUCUCAAUGCCGGUGAAACUACAUACAAUCUUGACACGGCCGGUGGACUGAGACUAGAAGUCCAGAAAUACUACGAACUGAUCGAUGCUCUAAGUAAAAGGAUUUUAACACUGGGAGUUAAAGAUGAUCCACCACCGCAUCCAAAGUCGCUGCAGCUGCAGAGGAUGAUCCGCUAUUCAGCCACACUAUUUGUUCAGGAGAAGCUGUUAGGUCUGAUGUCUUUACCCACUAAGGAGAAAUAUGAAGAGCUGAAAGAAAAGAGAAAAGAGGAACAAGAAAAGAGACUCCAACAGGAGAGACUGGCAACCCAGGAGGCUCUGAAGAGGAGGCAGGCCUCUGAGAGAAACCGUCCACUCGCCAGUACCAACGGGGAGCUGCCCCAGGCCCCUCGAGCUCCACGCAUGACCAAAGCUGGUGGUUGGCUGCCCUCUGCAGACUCCGUCCAUGUACGCAGCGAGCUGGAGGACCCCUUGCUGCAGCAGAUUGAGAACAUCCGUUCAUUCCUUCGUCAGGCGCGAGAGGCCAAGAAAACUGACGAGGUAGCCAUGUUGGAGGAGAACCUGCGUCAGCUGCAGGACGAAUACGACCAGCAGCAGACCAGCCUGGCUAUGACACUCUCCCAGAAGCUGGCUGAUGAAGAAAGCUUGCAGCAAGGGGAGAUUCAUCGCCUGGAGGCGCGGGAAAGGGAGGAGAGAGAGCAAUGGAGCUUCACCCAGACCUCAUGCACCUGGGAGCAGUCUCUGGAUCUCAGCCCAGCAGGAGGCUACCAGGGAGAGGAAGACACAGCCGCAGAGGACCUGACUCCUAAAGCUGAGAGGAGCCCUUCGUCCUUAAAGGCGCUACCUGCUCUCACAAGCCAAGAGGAGUCGCCACCAAGAUUAAGAAGCUUAGGAGGCCAUGUUACCCCUCCUGGUGGUGAAGGCCAGAACAGCACCUCCUUGAACCCCUUUGAAGAGGAGGACUCUACUCCCAUUGAGGAGGAUCCAUCUAAUCCCUUCCUUGAAGACAUCAUAAAGGAACACAAAGAGGUAACCAAUGGGAAGAAAGAAUAUAACCCCUUUGAUGACGACGUGGACACAGAGGAGAACCAACAAGCUGAGACCGGACCUGGCAACCCCUUUGAGGACGACAGCACUGAUGCAGGUAACCCUUUCAUGGCGGCCACAGGGAAUUGUCCUGGAGUCGCCACCAACCCCUUUGAGGUCGACGACGACAACGACGAGGUUUUGCCUGAUGUGGACAUGAUAGAGGAAGAGCUACUGGUGCAACAGAUUGACAACAUUAAGGCCUACAUUUUCGAUGCGAAAUUCAACGGCCGCCUGGACGAGGUGGAGCUCCUGUCAGAGAACCUAAGAGAGCUGCAGCGCACCCUACAGGACCAAAAGAAAAAGAAGCGCUGAAACAUUUUCCUUGAAAUCCCCCUGACCCCUGCUACUUACCAAGACAACGUUGGCUCACUUUACAUGACCCAUGAGCCCGCUGAAUUCAGUCUGGGUGAGGUCUGCUGCACUACAAAUUGGGUCCUAGAACUCAGUAGUCAGGACUAAUUUCCUUGAUUUCCAAUAAACCACUUGGAAUCUGUCGCACACUGAAAGUCAAAAUGCAUUUUGUAAAGAUGUGUCAAUGAAGAUAUUAACCCAUCAAACAUGAACAAUGGAAGACAAAAGAAUGUCACUUUAAUGAGACAGAUGGUUGUUUGAACUGAGACUGACUGUGGUCUCUUGGAAGUCAGGAUGUGUUACUGACUGAUGAGCAGAUCAACAACAUCAAAAUGUUAUCAUGGCUUUAGUUAUGUGUAAAGAGUUCGAGGACCAGUUAAGCACUUAGUUAAGUGUUAGCUUGUUCUUGUGCAGAACUCAAGACAAUGUCGUUUCAUUCCUUUCUUGCGAAAAACUGGCGCUUUCAUUACCAACAGUACAACUCGACUUUGAGAUUUGAGUGUGUAACAGAUAACGUGCCUCAGAGAGAGAUAAGGUGCAGGCUGUUGAAGCCUGGUAUGCUGACUUCUUUGUAAAUCCUCAUAGUUGACUUAACGCUGACUCAAGUGACAGAAGAACAGUUUACAGUCUACUGGAGUUCACACUAAUAAAGGCUGUUAACAUAUAUGCUUAUGUAAAAACUAACUGUGGAAAACUUUCCUGUCAAGCAGCAAAGGGCAGAAAAAUAAGAAAUGCUAAAACCUGCAGUUCCUCAAACGUCCACUAGAGGCUGGCUCUGUCCCCGCAAACCUCUGUUUAAAUCCAUAAAUAAAUCUUUACAGCAGAAAUAAAUGUCUUCACAGUCUGGUACAAAGGCCAGUUGUGGUCACUAUGGCUGUACUGUGAAUUAACUUUGAAUUAAAUUAUGUCAAGAUUUAAAGUUAUGUAGAAUUUAAGGCGAAGCUGCUUUGGAGUGGUAACGGGCUCCGCCUGUUUGACCAUUAUCCAGUGAGCCAGGAGUGACACAGGAUGAUGACAACUGAAGCUGCCACGCUAAGCUUCGACACCGCGCUUCAGAAAAUCCUAUGAGUCAUGUCCCAGGUGGUUCAUCCCUCUAAAUACACUGUGCAACCAAUGUAGAGGUUAGUACAGCUCAAAUUCCCCCCUCAUUGAAAAUUUGUCAGUUCAUUUAAUCAAAUAUUAGAUAACUAAACCUUGCAUUCCUGCUCUAACUGGACCAUGAGAAAAUCUCAGUCCAAAUAACCAUCUGAUUAUUUAAUCCAUGCCAUAAGUAGUUAGCCUGAUGUUUGAAGGAUUUUCUGAUAAAAUAUUAAAAAAAUACUAAAAUUACCAUUUCAGUCAAAAUUUGUUGGUGCAGCACAGUGUAGAUUUGUAAGGAAAUUUAAAGGCACAAUAUGCAGAAUUUUGCAAUUUUUAUUGCUUGUCCCACGUGGAAAAACUGAUUGUAUACGUGUCUUCUCAUCGGGAUCAGAAGAAACAGCUUUUAAGUUGAGCCUUUGUGCAAACAGCUGUUCAUUUCUGCUGCAGUUCAUUUUUUUUUUUUUUUCUGUAAAACUGAAUUGAGACGUUAAACCUGUUCAUGUUAGGUGACAUUUUCUGUCAUUCUCUGGGUUUAGAUGUGAGGCUUGUGUUGCAUCUUGUCUAUGUCAGAAAAAAAAAGCAUCCCCCGAGAGCCAAGUGAACUGAAAUGUUUUCAGUGUCCUACCAAGCAACCCUGCAGGUUGUGUGACUUUAUUGUUUACAGUGGGCUGCAUGUGUGUGUUACGUGUUGAGCUUGUGUCAGGACUCGUCUUUCCUUUAAUCAGCUUUUAAUCACAUACUGAUGAGAUGAUGUGUUGAGCGACGUUACUCUAGUCUGUGCUCUCUGCUGAGAUCUGUAUGUUCAGCAUGUUAUCCAUUAAAUCUAACUCCUUUUAAAGUUUGUCCAACCAGUUCAGCCUGCACUCGCACUUGUAGAUACUAAACACUAUUCAGACACUGUAGGCAACUGUAAGUAAUACUCAUAUAUGUGAAGAUCAAAUUAAUUCUUAGGUCAACGCAACAGUUCAACUUUGUGUUUCACACUACGCGAAUGCCAGCAAGUAUUAUCACUCAGUGCUGCUAAGACUGACGUGAAUCUGUCAUUGUGCUUUUACUCCAUAUUUUUCCUCGUAGACAGAGACGGUGUCAUCGCCUGAGCACUCGAAAACAGUGUUGUGACAGUGAAAACUAAUCCAGGAGCUUCUUUAUUCGUGUUAGCAGUUGAUUCUAGGGCUGAACGUAAUUAGAGUCUCUGCUUUAAUAAUAUUUGAUUCACACACACAGGCAUCGAUUUGUAAACUUUCCCAUUUCAGCACCAAUAAAAUAAAUACUUGUCUAUA